AUGAAACAGACUGUCGCCACUGGGUUCUGUCUUCAAUAUCCACUUUUCUUUUAUCUAUCUAUCUAUCUAUCUAUCUAUCUAUCUAUCUAUCUAUCUAUCUAUCUAUCUAUGUGUGUGUAUAGUUUAUUUUUCCAUAUUAUUCCCUCUGGCUCUCAAGCACUCCUUCUCUCUCUCUCUCUCUCUCUCUCUCUCUUUCUCUCUCACUUUCUCACACUGUUUCAUUCUUUUAUUUUUCUCUUUAAUUGUCUCUUUCUCUCAUUCUAUAUUAUUCUGUUCCUCCCUCUCAUUAUUUCUCGAACAGUUUCACUCUUUAUUAUUUCUUUCUCUCAUUUGAUAUUAUUUUCUCUCUCUCUUUCUCUCUCUCUCUCAUUCUCUCUUUCUCUCUCUUUCUCUCUCUUUCUCUUUUUUUCUCUCUCUCUCAUUCUCUCUUUCUCUCACUCACUGUUUCAUUUUUUUUCUUUUCUUCUCAUUUAUUAUUCUUUGUCUCAUUCGAUAUUAUUCACUCUCUCUCUCUCUCUCUCUCUCUCUCUCUCUCUCUCUCUCUCCCUAUCUCUCUCUCUCAUACCAUUUCUUUUUUAUAACACUUUUUCCUUCUCUCUCAUCCUUUAUUAUUCUCUCUUGCCGGCUCAUUACAUUUCUUUCUUUCUUUCUCAUUUAUAUAAUUUUUCUUAUUGUCUAUUAAUUUCUCUCUCUGCAUCCCACUCAGUCUAUCAGAAAUUCAUUCUUUUCUUUCUCUCUCUUUCUCUCAUUCUAUAUUAUUCUGUACAAUUUCUCUCUCUCUCACUCUCUCUCUCUCUCUCUCUCUCUCUCUCUCUCACUCUAUCACCAUUUUGCUUCUUGCCUGACUUUUUCUCAUUCUAUGUAAUUCUCACUUGCUGGCUAUCUCUCUCACUCUCUCUCCCAUCUUUCUCUUUCUUACUAUCUUACUGUUUCAUUUAUUACUUUCGCUUUCUCACUUUGACUCGCUCUUCUUUUCUAUUAUAUUUUAUGAUUCUAUCUAUCUAUCUAUCUAUCUAUCUAUCUAUCUAUCUAUCUAUCUAUCUAUCUAUCUUCUCUCAAGUAUACAGUUUUAUUCAGAUCAUUUUAUCCCAUCUAUUCAUAUCUAUCUAUCUAUCUAUCUAUCUAUCUAUCUAUCUAUCUAUCUUCUUUCGAUUAUACAUCUGUUCAUAUCUAUCUAUCUAUCUAUCUAUCUAUCUAUCUAUCUAUCUAUCUAUCUAUGUGUUGUUUUACUCUGUCCGUCUUGCCUUCAAUACGUCCGGUGGGUAUUAA